UCAUAGACUUCCGGUUUCGUGUCACGUGAGCGAGCAGCUGCUUUGCAGCACUUCCUCCUGAUUAGCGCUCCUGUGUUUACUUGCAGUCUGCAGAAUGGAAAGACCUACGUGAACAUUUGCAGAUUAACAGUCACAGGACAGUGAUCUCCACUGUGGUCGGAUCUCUGGCAAGCAGUAGACAUGCAUCACCCAAACUUUGAAACAAGACACCCGCUGCAGGCAGAAGAGCAGGAAACUGGUUAUGACCCUCUGCACAACUAUAACCAGAACCGAGCCCACGUACCAAACAGUGCUGCUGAGUCGACCUUCCAGUCAUACAGGAAAGAGUGGGAUGAUUUGUUCCAGAACAGCAACUAUCUGGCCCGGGUCAGGGAGUCAGGCAUUACCGGCCAGUUAAGGAGCAGCCGAUUUCGCAGCAUAUGCUGGAAGCUCUACUUGGAAGUCCUGCCUGAGGAUAAGAGCCAGUGGAUAAAAAAGACCAAGGAGCAUCGAGAUCAUUAUGAGCAGAUCAAAGAGAGGCACAUCACAAACCCACGCAAAGCUGCAGGCCAGCAGGACCUGGUGGUGAACAACCCAUUGUCUCAAGAUGAGGGGAGUUUGUGGAACAAGUUCUUCCAGGAUAAAGAGUUGCGGGGUAUGAUAAAGCAGGAUGUACUGAGAACGUUUCCAGAGAUGCGUUUUUUUCAAGAGGAUGAUGUACGGACUAAACUGACUGAUAUUCUCUUCUGCUACGCACGAGAAAAUGAGCAGUUACUAUAUAAACAGGGUAUGCAUGAGUUGUUGGCUCCUAUAGUAUUUGUUUUGCACACUGACCAUCAGGCAUUUCAGCAUGCCAGUGAGACUGGCAGUCCAAGUAAGGAGAUGAUGGUGGUGCUGGAUCCAAAGUUUCAUGAGCAUGAUGCAUAUGCCAUGUUCGUACAACUCAUGGAAACAGCAGAGCCCUGGUUCUCCAGUUUUGAGCGGGAGGUGCGCAAGGGAAAGGAAGAGAUGCUCACCAGCAUUCCUUUUGCCAGACCCCAGGACUGUGGCCCUUCUGUGGCCAUUGUGACCAAAGUAAACCGAAUUCAAGACCAGCUGGUAAAAAAGCAUGAUAUUGAACUGCACAUGCACCUGAACCGCCUGGAGAUCGCACCUCAGAUAUACGGCAUUCGCUGGGUCCGUCUGUUGUUUGGCAGGGAGUUUCCUCUACAGGACCUGCUGGUGGUGUGGGACGCACUGCUUGCAGACAGCAUCACUUUGGAUCUGGUGGAUUACGUGUUUGUAGCCAUGCUGCUUUACAUCAGAGAUGCACUGAUUGCCAGUAGCUUUCAGACAUGUCUUGGCCUCCUGAUGCACUACCCACCUGUUGGAGACAUUCACGCUCUUCUGCACAAAGCGCUGUUCCUGAGAGACCCAAAGAAUAAUCCAAGGCCGGUCAACUAUCAGUUCCAACAAAACCUUGACUACUACAAUAACCACGGAGCUGACUUCGUCGACAGGGCGCGCACGGUUAACACCAAAGUGGCUCCCCUCAACAUCAAUAAGGUCUCCAGCUCUCUGCUUAGCUUCGGUAGGAAGCUCAUUGCCCCUAUGGGUGGAGUCUCCAGUGGUGUCUCGCCAAUCAACAGCGAAGUGUUGUCUUCUCCAUCUCCACAACCUCAGCCACCUCGGACUUCAGCUGAGCUACCGUCUAACACUGUGUCCUCUCGUACACAAAUGCAUGUGGCACAACAGCGUCUGCUGAAGUCUGAGAGCAUGCCUGUGCAUCUCAGUAAAGAUGUAGGUUCCCCUGGAGCAUCUCAGAUCUCUCUUCCCAGCCAGAUACUGUCUGACAUGCCAGGUCAGCCCUCCAGGACCGUGAGCUCCUCACCAAGUGUUGAGAGUCUGUCAGGUGGGAGGGACCAGGCCAUGUCAUCCCCACCUCUUCCUGCCUCCAAGGGGCGGGACUCAAGCACAUCAUCACCUCCUCUCUCUGCCACGAAGAAAGAUUUAUUCUUCAACAUCAGUCGUUCACGUUCUCACAGCAAAUCCAUAGGAAAAAAGGAUCUGGAAGAGUUGGAGACCCAAGUGUCCUUACUCCAGGGGCAGAUCAAUGAUCUGGAGGCCAUGAGCAAAUAUUGUGCCAAGAUGAUGAAUGUGCACAUCGGCAAGAUUCAGGACGUGAUACUGCAGGAGCAUCUGCAGAAGGAGGAUGAGGUGCUGGUAUCACUUGCUGGACUUAAGCAGAUUAAGGACAUCUUAAAGGGAGCACUGCGCUUUAAUCAAAGUCAGCUGGAGGCUGAGGAGAAUGAGGAGAUCACAAUAGCAGAUGAUCACUACUGCUCUACAGGUCAGAACGCAGCUCAGCAGGAGGAAUCCACAUCUGCGGCCAAUACGGAUACUGAAAUUGUUCAGCCAAGCUCUCAGCUGGACUUCAGCCAUCUCUCUGAGCAAGAGCAAGAAAUGGAGACACUAGAAAAGACAACAAUGCCAAGUGAGGGGGCACAUACCACAGAACCACAGAUUGCUGAGAGGAGGAACUGGGAUGACUACAUCCUGGUCUCACAGGAUGGGGAUCUUCAACCAACUGAGGGCGAGAUUGCUGUGCCCUUAAAACAGGGGCGGGGUUUCGGCAUGGCAGAGUUUCAGGACCCUCUGAUGGGAACCACCUCUGGAUCAUCCAGCCCAGAAGAGGGCAGCACUAACAGCAAGGACUCUGAUUUUACCAUUGUCAACCCGGCUGACCUUUGAACCCUAAUAUUAAUUCAGUCUGUCUGAGCUUUAUCCUUUGUAUCAUUCUAAGAGGAUAAGACAUUCUGCUGGACUUUUGCACUUGUGAACUUGGGCUGAUUGCCUUAUGGGAUCUUUGGUCCCUUUAAACCUAGACCCCAUUUCAUCUAUAUGUGUUCUCAUAGGCCUGUAUUCUAAAUAUGUCUAUACACCUGUAUCCUGUGACCCAAACUUUUGUUUACACAUUGGAUUUAGUUACCUAAUUACCGUAAUUUACCUUAAAACACAAGUAAACCCAGUUUAUUUGAUGAAUCCUGAAUACCAUGCCAUACCACUGCAAAUAUAUCCCCCUCACAGACUCCUACAUGUAGCCUAACUCCUAAUAGUACUCAAACCUCUCUUCCUCUUUCUCUCUGUGUUUGCAUAAUGUCUGUGAUAAAGAGGGCAGUGGCAUACGUACACCAUGUGUCUUAAGUAAGCCAGAAAGGGGAAAUGUGAUUGACAUGGACAAUAUCAGUAACCUUGCUUUCUCUCUAGUAUUGAUUGUUCAUUAUCCAGUGCCUCAAUACAUGUCUGUUUAUAUGCCCAUCCUGUUCUUUUUAUUUCUAAAUAAUUUUAACACAUAGAUUGCAAUGUAAGCUUUUGCUAAAUUGUUUUCCAUCUUUGUUUUUUUAUUAUUAUUAUUAAAUCCUUGAUAUGUGAACUGUACCUUUUUUUUUUUCUUUCUUUUUUUUUUUCUCUUAUGUUUUUUGUUUAAGUUCUUUCAACCCCUAAGGUAACUGUUCAGCAUUGCACGUGUGGGAUGUUGGAAUGAUAUUAACUCCAGAAGAAUAAAAAGGCAUUAUUGCUCUUGCCUAA